ACAAAGCAUGGAUGACAGAUCAUCUCUUGCUUCUCUGUCUCACCCGCCCUCCUCUCCUCUCCAGACAGGGUUGGGCCAAACAGCAGGUGGUGCAGAAGAGAAGCCCGGACAUGGGAUUUACAAACCUCUGGCUCUCUGACUUCUGCACCGGACAAGCAUGGAGGAGCAACAAAUCCCUCAUUUUAAAAACUCAGGUGUCACAGCAAUAGGGUCUCUGGACGAGGCUCGCUGAAUAAAGAUGCACAAGGAUUUGGAGAGACAAAGCAUCACUCAAACAAUCAGAUGACUCAAAAGAGGAGAAAGAAAGCCUCCUUUUAAUCUCAGGUCAACAGUUUGGUCGGUGUGGACGAUGUGAGUCGGCAGAUUACGGAGGCCAAAGUCUGUUUUUCAAUCAUGGAGGGGCUUCUCUUUUGUCUCUGGAAUCUAUUGGUAGAUGAACCUUGAUGUCAGCAUGGGGUCAAACGCGCCCUGAAUGUUUUUUGCUCCACGCACCUGACUUCUGUCAGCAUGUCAAUACAGCAUAGAUGAUUUACCCUUUAAAGACACAUAAGUGGGAACUAACAUGGUCUAAUGAUGUAGCAGCUACAGGUGACUCACAUGUGGCUUAUGAUUCAAGACAGUCCAACCACAGUCAGUAUGGAAGUGCAGACAACCUCUCUGGUCUGGAUAUAUGUUAACAGGACAGAACAGCUGAACUCUUCAUAUGAAUACAACACCACGGAUUUGAUUGAAGACUCAGACAAAUACCAGUCUUAUAUAAUUGGUCUCUUCCUGUCCUGCCUGUACACCAUCCUCCUAUUUCCUAUUGGAUUUAUUGGUAACAUCUUAAUCCUGGUGGUGAACCUGAACCACAGAGAAAAGAUGACCAUCCCUGACCUUUACUUUGUCAACCUGGCCGUAGCUGACCUCAUCCUGGUGGCAGAUUCGCUCAUCGAGGUCUUCAACCUGAACGAGAAGUAUUACGACUAUGCCGUCCUCUGCACCUUCAUGUCCCUUUUCCUGCAGAUCAACAUGUACAGCAGCAUCUUCUUCCUCACGUGGAUGAGCUUCGACCGGUACGUUGCCUUGGCUAGCUCCAUAAGCAGCAGCCCGCUGAGGACUAUGCAGCACGCCAAGCUCAGCUGUGGCCUCAUCUGGAUGGCCUCCAUCCUGGCCACCCUCCUCCCCUUCACCAUCGUGCAGACGCAGCACAGGGGUGAGGUGCACUUCUGCUUUGCCAACGUCUUUGAGAUCCAGUGGCUGGAGGUUACCAUUGGCUUUUUGGUGCCGUUCUCCAUCAUUGGUCUAUGCUACUCUCUGAUCGGGCGCAUCCUCAUGAGGGCCCAGAAGCACCGUGGACUGUGGCCACGGCGGCAGAAAGCCCUGCGCAUGAUCGUGGUGGUGGUUCUGGUGUUCUUCAUCUGCUGGCUCCCGGAAAACGUCUUCAUCAGCAUCCAGCUGCUGCAGGGCACAGCUGACCCGUCGCAGAGGACUGCUACCACCCUGUGGCACGACUACCCGCUCACAGGCCACAUUGUUAACCUGGCAGCUUUCUCCAACAGCUGCCUCAACCCCAUUAUCUACAGCUUUCUAGGGGAAACCUUCAGGGACAAGCUGCGUCUCUUCAUUAAGCAGAAGGCCAGCUGGUCAGUAGUGAACCGCUUCUGCCACCACGGCCUCGAUUUACGCCUCCCUGUCAGGAGCGAAGUGUCAGAGGUGUGACUGCUGAGAAGAGGGACAAUUAUGGAACCAAGUCCACAAAAUAUGCUAAAAAAAAAAUCUUUAUAUCAAAGUGAUAUAUCACCUAGUGUGAAAUAUUACCUCAUCUUUCUUUCAACUGUUGUUUAGCUUUGCCUCAUAGUUGUACCAGUGUCUCAGUUAACCUGCUCACUUUCUGAACAAAAAAAACCCCCACAAAAGCACCAUGAACGUUCAGUCAAAGGAUGAAAAUUACUUGAUGUGUGUAUCUUUUUAAGUAGAUAACAAUGCACAUACAGUACUUAAAGCUAUUUCAUGUUUAUCUGCCUGUUGGACUGUUUUCUUUUAAGUGGAUUUAGUGUUUUAUUCCUUCAAAAAGUUAUCUGGGUGGUGAGGCGGGUAACAGUGGAUGAAAUGCUAGUGAGAGGCAAAAUGUCAGCAUCUGCCCCCAGGAGUGGACAGAUGAGUCUCAGAAGAGAACAGUGUAACAUUUUGAAUUGUGUGGCCUCUAAUAUAAAUCUUUCAGAACAUUUUCUGGGUAGGUGGUAGAGAUAGAAAAAGCUGCGUCACGGCUAAAGCAACACACGUAGAGGAAAUACUGCGUCACAUAAAAUCUAAUCAGGUGUCGUUUCAGUCAAAAACCCAACAUGUUCUUGCACAGGAAGUAAACGUGGCAUUUAUCAAGAAAUUCAAACAUACCCACCAGCCACAUCAACAACAUCGUGACAGCACAUGAGAAAAUGAAUGUCAUGUUUCAAAGUAGUAACGCAUCUUAACACAAUGUAACAGCGAUUCAGGACAUCACAGUCAAGGAACAAAAGGAACAAUCAGAUAAUACAGAUUCAGUUUCUUUCUUCUUUUCUGUUAGACUUUUUUUCCUGUGUUGAAAUCAAAAGGUAUUAUGUAUCCAUAACAUUCAUUGGACAAUGCAAACAGAUGUUCACAGAUGUGUUUUUAUUUUUAGAAAUAAAGAAAAUGCCACAUUUUCUAGGAAUAUAAAGUGAAACUUGUUAAUGAGUUCUAAUUGUUUUUUAGAUUCCAAAAACAGCAUUUUAGCAGUUUUUUUUUUGUGUGUGUGUAUUAAAGUAUUACAUGGAAUAAAUAAAGGGUACUGUAGCUACACCCUUUAUUUCUUUCUUGUUAUACUGAAAGUUUCCAUCACAGCCAAGCUAUGAGAUGGGUAAAGAAAAUGAAGGAUCCAAUUUUUUUUUUUUUUUUUUGGGGGGGGGAUUAGUCUCCAGAAUCUGGCGCCUGAGCUCGUCUGUAUCGCCGUAAUGCAGGGAAUCAGUGAGCGCUCAUGUUCAAAGAAGGCUGAGUUAUUGCAUCACUUGUCAGUCCCUGUUAGCGUGAUGGGAGAGCAAAGAGGCAGGUGUUGUUCUGCCAGGAGGGGAUGAGACUGGGUAAACACAUCAUUCAAUGUUGAUAAUGUGAAGCCGCUUCAAUAUUUUGUUCUUAUCUGUCUUAACAUAUAUUACACUGAUAAACAACAAUAGCAAACCCUGGACGUAAGUGAUGGACCUGGGACUAACAGUCUCCCAAGUCAAACAUAUGCUUUAUCUGCACAUUUGUGUCUUAGGGUUAGGAUUAGUUAUAGGUCAUUCUUUUAAUAGAAAAAAACGAAAUCAAACAUAUGCCAUCAGACAUAAUAUAUGAGCCGUCACUGUACAUGUGGAGUCUCAUCAUGUAUCAUCACAAUCUGAUUUUGAUGCUUUUGGCAGAACAAAGAUGCUCAUUAACGCAUUGAUCACAGGUUAAUGUAAUGCAGAUUACCAGGCUACACAGGUGCAGUAUGAACAUUUUUGAAUCGUGUACCAUCAGAGGCCUCAUUGUAGAGGUUCCCUGAAACCUGUCAUAAAGUUUUACAGCCUCUUUGUUUGUUGAUCCGUCAGGACAAACAUUAUAAAUUCUAUUUCUGUAAUAUCGCACAGUUUGUUUCCUUAAAUUCAGUAGUGCUCACACUCAUCUGUCUACACUGAAAAAAGGGUUAAAAGAAUUUUCACUUCAUAUUUCUGCAAAACAAAACACUGCACAGUGUCAUGCACAACAGGUUCUGUGCAUUGGGAAUGUUAAAGAGAUGGAUGUGUUGUUCAGUAUGGACUAAAAGAAUACAGGAGGAAAGACUGCCACACCUACGAUGAAGACUGUUCAUCAGUGUGUAAAAAUCUGUGUAUUGCCAGCCUGUGGUGUGCCUGUGCUGUGUUUGUGCAUGAGGCAGCCAGAGAUAAUGGCGUGACUGGGAAAAACAGGAGUCCAAACCACAAACUGUUAUUCCAGCUGUAACAGUCCCAGCAGCCUGGGAAAGCAGCGCUGAGGAUUGUGUGAGUGAUUGUUUAUUAGAGGUCUGCAAAAAUGCAAAACUUGUUGUGGUCCAUGUUACUAAAGAUUUUUUUUUAUGUUUC